GUCUAUUAUAAUAAUCUCAGCAGUCUGUUUAACUAGUUACCAGGAUUCCUUCUUUCAUCCAGGGUUGACAGUACUUAGAAGAAAUAGAUAUGCCUUCAAUUCAUGGUAUAUCAUAUUCUACCAAAGGUAACAUCGUGAUAUAUGAUACCUGUUCAGAAGAAUUUUUAUCAUCAAAGAAAAUAUGGAAAAAUUAGUGCGAGUAUUCUUGUUUCUACAAACAAUUAUAACAGAACUGGUUGGAAAAUUUUUGAAUAAACAAUUGCAACCGGACAACUUUCAAACGUUUCUGUUAAAUCGAAAACACAUAUUAUUCCACCUCUACCGUAACGGAAGACCUUGUUGUGCCUGCUCUCGAAAUGAAAACCUUGGACAUCAACAGGUUGUUAAGAAAGUACAGUUUGAUUUGUUAUAUGUGCAAGGAAAGAACACUUGUAAUGUUCGUAGUUACAACCACUCUUGUAUUUAUAGCGCAGCACCUUCUGUUAAAGUAUCAGAGCUCGAUGUAACAUUGGCAAUUACGAUUCUUAAAAAUUGUUUUGCAAACUCUCUUAAUCUGCAUGAAUUACAAUCCUUAGACGAUAUUAGGAAAAUACGAAAUGACAUUGCUCACAAUGCAAGAAACAGCGACAUUUCCGAAAAAGAAUUCUGUCGUAUGUGGUCUAUAUUAGAAGAAGCAGCCCUCAAGUUAGCUAAAGCCUUCGACCAAGAAUACUUUAAUGAUAUCAAGUCGAAAAUGAGGCAACAGAGAGAUAGACGAAUUUUAGCAACUUCUGAAGAUUACAAGGAAUAUUCAAAACAGUUAACAAAUAUGAAAGAUGAUCUAACAGAAAGCCUCGGAAUAAUUCACGAACGAUUGAUUAGCGAAAUACAAACACUUUUUGAGGGCAGAGGUUCUGUAUAUUAUGCUUAGUAUUUAUCACAUGUUUUCCU